AUGCCGUCGUCGCGGAAAUACGAGAGCAACGCGUGGUCCGGCCGCGCCGCGGCCAACGUCAACAAGACCGGGGGGUGGGGGGCGUCACAAGGUCGGCGUGUAAAGGCGUCGUUGCGCCGCCGACGUCAUAUUUGCAGACGCAGAGCGGUGUCGGAGUGGGGUGGGGUGGCAGGCAGAAGUGGCAGCAGAGGGGAGGCCCUGGACAGAGACAUCGGAGGUGGGAGUGGGGAUGGUGGUCGGAGUAGCGAGUUUGAGGCGAGAUGGGGAGACGGGGAGCGAGGAGGAAAAGGGCGGGAGGGAAUGGGAAGAAGAGGGAGGUGGGGACGGGACGAAACUGGGAGAGUGAGGCACCUAUGGGAUAUGCGAGGACCGGCUUGUUAUGUUGCUGCUGGAGAAAUUAUGCUGUUCCAUGAUGAGGUAUGCAUGUAA